GUGAUUAAGAUGACAUGCCAUACCUCUGACUAUUCUCACAUCAUUUGCCUCAUUCUGAGAGACUUGGCAAGAACAGCUCCUUGUCUGCAAGCGAGGAAAUUAAAAUAAAAAGAUCAUCUGAGCUCUAAGUAUGGACAAGAAGUUGGACCUGUCCAGACUAUCAGAAGAGGAGGCCAAACAUGUAUUGGAGGUCAUUCAGAGAGAUUUUAUGCUGAGAAAAAAGGAAGAAGAGCGGCUUGGGGAGCUGAAAUCCAAGAUAGAGAAGGAAGAAACGAAGAGGGAACUCUUGGGAUCUCAAUCAAACCUGGUGGACUCUCACUGUAUCCGCUGCCUGCAACCCUUUAAGUUCCUGGUGAACAGCAAACGCCAGUGCAUGGACUGCAAACUCUACACCUGCAAAACUUGUAGUCGCUACAACAAGAAGGAGCGUGGCUGGGUAUGCGACCCCUGCCGCAUGGCAAGGGUCCUGAAAAUUGGAACCUUGGGGUGGUACCAUGACAACAUACGCUCUCGCUUUAAGUGUUUUGGCAGUGCAAAGGUGAUGAGGUCACUGUACAAGAGAUUAAAUGAAGAGGGGCACCGUGAUGAUGACACACAGAGCAUGCCUGACGUCCGCAAUGUAUAUAAUGGUCAUGAUGAUGAGCAUAUUGAUGCAGCUGAAGCUCAACGCUAUAAGCAGACACGAAAGACCAAGCGUCUGCUCUCUGUCCACCCAAUGGAUCUUGACAUGGAUGAGUAUGUCACUCACUCUCGCAGACCGUCUGUGCAGUACAUCCAGGAAGAGAGAGGAAUUCAGCGGAAUGAUCUAGAAUACAACUCUGACAUGUACCAUCACCAUCAUCAUCGCAUGAACCGCAGGAAGAGCCUUGACAGGUUCUCACGCCCAGAUGAUGGCCUAUACUCUGAACACAGAAUUAUACGUGCUCGAUCUCUCUCAAAAAUCAACUCCUCUCUGGCUCCGCGCCAGAUCUACCUGGACACUUCAGAGGAGGAGGACAUGUUUCGUUUUCCCAUCUACCAGCUGCCCCCACGACGCCGCAGUCGAGCAUCAUCUCAGGAAAACAUUAAUCAAGGAGCACCACCGAUCAAUGAGCUGAGCAAGAGAAUGUCUGCCAUUGAGAGUCUCUUGAAUCGACUGGAAGUGAAAAUGACUUUGCCUGCUGAUCAGCCUGUUCUGCCCACAGCAGGGCAGCUGGAGGAGGAUAAGCUGAGGAGAAAACUAGAUGAGCUGAUGAGUGACAAGGCACUUUCCUCUGAUGAGGAUGAGCCAAAGUUGCCUCCUCAGUCCAAUGGGUCUACUGUGAGUCGUGCACUAAAGGGGGGCCAGACACCUAUGCCCCCUGCACCCCAAGAACCCUUGAGCUCCUCCAGUGAUGAGAUGCCCACUGAAGCGCAAAAGAGAUCCACUGCAGCGGCCCUUUGUGACAUCACAACCGAGAUUCUAAGAACAAUUAAUGCCACUGAAAGCGCUAUGAAUGAGUUGGCCCCCUCGAAUCCUAUUGACAGACUUCAGUUAGCGGGCACAGAUGUUAAGCAGGCUGAUGAUGCAUACAGGGAACUUGAGGAAAAUGUGUACUUGGCUGCUGGAAAGUUCUUCGAUAUGGAGAGGAAGUUACGAAUGAUUGAGCAGAAUGCUAAAAAUCACUACAGUGGCCCACUAACUGAUUCAGAACUCUCUGAACUGGAGGACCAGGUCUCUUUGGCAGCUGCUAAAGUUCAGAGCACGGAGAGUGAGGUCUCAGACAUUGAGAAUAAGAUAGCCGCUCUAAAUGUUAAAGGACUAUCAAUCGAUAAAGCCAAGAAAAAGGCACUGAGUGUACAACAAAAAAGGAAGUUUUCCCAAGAAAUUCCUUCAAACAGAGUGCAUUUUUAACUGGAAACAGGACAUCAAUUGAACAUUUCUGUUGCUCUAAUCAGCUCUUUAUCCAUCUACACACUUGCCUCUCCAUUCAUACAUUCACCCAGUCCAAAGAUUGAUAGCAAAUCAUCAAAAGACAAAAGGUGCAUCUCAAUCUGUUCCUUAGUUCAGUUGUCAGGGCACUGAUCAGGGAGUCGGCCAUUUCUCAAUCGCAAAAUUGUUCCAGUGCACUGAAAGGUUUGCUCCCUAAAUGCACAGUAAAAAACACCAAAGAGGAGUCCGCUGCCAUGACCCCCUCACCCCCCCAGAACAGAGACGCCAAUAAGAGUCUCGCCUAGGGCUCCAGAAUGGUCUGAAACGGCCCUGCUUUCAUCCAUAAUGACCAUGAAAUGUAAACAAUCUUUUAACUAUUAGGGUUGUAAGGUUAAAAAUACACUCCAUUAUAUUUGUAUUUCUUUUAUGUAAUUUACCUGUGCAAUUUCAUAAUAACAUUGCACGUUUGAAUAUCUACAAUGAAAAUGUUUGACAGUGUCAUUUAUACAGCGAUGUUGUUAAUUAAUACCAGGCCAGGUGUGUUUUAAUGCGCAAGCUCGUAAUGGUGUCGCAGGUGAUUGACUAAUAAGUGUCCCAAUGUUCAGUGGAUCAGUACCCUUGCCCAAAUUUAUGUACAGUACAUAUUAUACUGAUUCACGACAUAGGGAGCUAGGGAGCUAACUGAGAUCACCCAAAGACAUAAUAAUAUGGUGACCCCAAGGGACAGUGUUAUCCUGUGUCAAUAUUCAACCUUCUUGAACUACAGUAUGUGUUUUUACAGUUAUAUAACAUUAUAAUGAUUAUUCAUGUUCUUACUGGUACAACUUGGAUCAUAUUACAGAACCAGGAAUAACACACUAAACAAAUGUAAUUAACUGAAAACAAUACUGUAAAUGUCUGACAGUGAAUUUGUCAAAGCUCUCUCUAAUGACUACUAUUUGGCUUACAUUAGUCCUUGUGAAGAUAUCUAACUUUGUUCACGUGUUACUUGGUUAAAUGCUUUAUUUAAAAUGUCAAUAUUCUUUGGCACUGAUCUUGGCUUAGCACUCGCACACACUUUGUGUCUUGUGUAUAUAAUCAGAUAAAAAAGUAACAGGAAUAAAAUAAUUAAUACAUGUUGA